AUUGGGGUGGAAAUGCUUCGCUCUCAUGUGCAGGUACUUCUUGUGGCUUUGUUUUCCUCCGUGCUGCUGGUGCAGGUCAGCGGAGCUCCACGCAGAGACAUGCUGACAGAAACUCUGAGAGCAGACCUUGAAAACGACAAGGAUCUCACUCACUUGCUCUUGCUGAAGUUUGUGUCUGAACUUAUGGCAGCGAGAGGAGACGAGAUGCUCCCCGAGCUAGACGAGAGGGAGGUGGGAGUCGGAGAGGAGGUGAUGCGUCGACAUCUUCCCCUCUCCCAAAGAGAGCGCAAGGCAGGCUGCCGUAACUUCUUCUGGAAGACGUUCACCUCGUGUUAACACGUCAA